AUGAGCGAGUCGAGCUCGAAGUCCAGCCAGCCCCUGGCCUCCAAGCAGGAAAAGGACGGCGCUGAGAAGCGAGGGCGGGGCCGGCCUCGCAAGCAGCCUCCGGUGAGUCCUGGGACCGCGCUGGUAGGGAGUCAGAAGGAGCCCAGUGAAGUGCCAACACCUAAGAGACCUCGGGGCCGACCGAAGGGGAGCAAAAACAAGGGUGCCGCCAAGACCCGGAAAACCACCACAACUCCAGGGAGAAAACCAAGGGGCAGACCCAAAAAACUGGAGAAGGAGGAAGAGGAGGGCAUCUCGCAGGAGUCCUCAGAGGAGGAGCAGUGA